ACGGUUUUUUAAACCUUAGCUUUAUAAAAUCCCGGUUUUUUAAACCAUAGUUUUACACAAUCAAAAUGUUCGGGGGAAGCUAUAAGAGGUAGAUUUCAAGCUCCCCUCCGAACCCAUUCAAGGGCGUCUGACGAAAGGGAUUUUUUCGCAUAAAAGAUCAGAGAGUUUCUACAGAAGGGAGGAGGAUCCAUGGAUCGAACAACUAGAGGUGGGGGACUGCUUGAAGGAGCCUAUAGGCUUCUCAUGCGCAGGAAUUCUGUUUAUGUCACAUUCGUCAUUCUCGGUGCUUUCUUUGGAGAACGGGCGGUGGACUAUGGUGUUCAUAAGCUUUGGGAUUACAACAAUGUUGGGAAAAGGUUCGAGGACAUUUCAGUCUUGGGAACAAGGACCUCCGAAAGCUGAUCUUUUUUGCUUACCCUUUGACCUAUGGCCAAAAAGCUAAAAAAAAAAAAAAAAUGUUCCCUGCACUCCAGUAUGCUCAAAUCAUUUCCGAUGCAUCGAGUUUGAGUUUUUAUGCGAGAACAUGAAUUAUCUGUUGUAUUAAAUUGUUUCUGGAUUUGGCAUUGCUGUUCUGAAUAAGUGUUUCCAAUGCUUUAGUGCUUGAUCCCACUGGCAUUGAUUCCCAUUUUGGUUACAUAUAGGUAGUACAAGAUUCUUGGAGAACAGAUUAAAAAAACUCUUCUUUCUCUGAAUUUAGUGAAUUAUAUUGCAUUAAGUUAUAUUUGGU